AAAAAGUAACUUGUUUGAUGUACGAGUGGUCGACUUUACCAUGACAACACUAUUCUGAAUAGCAUAGCUCGGAAGCUAAUCAAUUCAAGAUAAAAUCAUAAUGCUUUAUGAAAGCGGGGAACGUAUAUUCUCAGGAGAGUAUGAUGACUGAUGAGAUAGUGAUUCCAAUAAAAGAAACUCAUGCUACUGUAAACGUGCAAGAUCUAUCUCCUCUAAGUUUUCUCUCCAUCUACGCGUUUACUCUCCAAGAAAAAAAAAACUGCGCUUCCUCGAGAAAGCUCUCUUCAUCCACACUGGCCCAUCUCCGACAAUAUUCGUUCGAACCAUUCUCGGAGGCCUGUAAUUCUCCAGGGGGAGCUGCCUCUCUACAUUAUAGCCUGCCUGUAUAUUCCCCAGGCGGAGCUGCGUCUCCUAGAUUUUGAAGGAUACCGUUUCAAAAGAUUAUUGUUGGGAAGACAAGAUCAUGACGGCUAUAUCUACAUACACUUCAUCGAUGCUACCGACAUGGACGAGUGAUAUUGUACUAACGACAUCCUACGACGAAAGGCCAUCCGACAGCGACGACUUCCUAGGAGAUUCCACCAUGAUACCGACAAUCAACGCAACGACGACCCAGAGUCCACCUCUUUUAAUAAAGGACAAUGCGGGUAAAAUCCAGACGUAUACCAUCGUCGCCCUCGGGAUCCUACUCAACUUCAUCACCCUAGUCAUGUACACAAAGACCGGUUGCAGCCGACGUCGACGAACCACGCCUAUCAUGUUGAUCACCGCACUCGCCUGGAUCGACUCGCUCGCUAUCCUGUCGUACCUCGGUCGUACCGGUCUCAAACCGGUCCUUCACCGAGACAAACCGCGGAUCUACUGCAACAUAUUCGGUUUCAUCACGAACUUCUACCCGUUUGCUUCGGGUUUCGUGGUGACGCUCAUGUCGGUGGAACGAUACACGGCUCUGGUCACGCCUUACAGGUAUCACAAGAUAUUUACGCACUGCCGUACCGGUGGCGCCGUGGUGUUCUUGAUGCUUGCCGCAGCUUUCAUCGGAGCUCUCCCGCUUUUCGGCAUUGGAUCAUAUGAAAGGGUACCCUUCCAUGGCCUUCUCAUGUGCAAGUUAUUUUGGAAGCCUGGAGAUUCGUUGCUGAGCAACGUACAAUUUGCUAUCUACAUCACGAGUGGGUGGGGCUUGUUGCUAACGGUGAUUGCUUGCAACGGGAGUGUCAUUGCAGAACUUGUCAAAAUGCGUCGAAAGAUCACUGCCAUGUACCCAGGUCUUAAGGGAUAUACAGGGGUUGAGGUUAGGUUUGUGAAAACCACCCUCCUCGUCACCAUAGUGUUCAUAGCGUGCUGGCUUCCUUGGAUGAUUUAUAUCACAUACACCCGAAUCGGUCUAAGGGGGAAAAUGUGGAGUGACCUAAUCUCACAUAGAUUCCUAUUGGCGAACCACACUCUAGACCCAGUAGUAUUUUUGCUAACUCAAAAAUCGACCCCGACUCGACUGCGGAGGAUCUUUCGUUGCUUUCGACGCAUGAGCGGCAAAAUUGACCCGAAAAAAUCGACAACAUGUACGUCUAUUUCAGAAAAAGUUUAAGGUACAAGCAAUGGUAUAUUUGCUUAUUUUUCUCAAAAUAAGCUAUCACCCACCCACCCCCCCCCAAAAAAAAAAAAUAUAUCGGGGUGUACUAUUUAUAGUGGUGUUUCAUUUCGUAUUUUCGUUAAACAAGACAAAACAAACAUUUAUAUGAAUAAAAAAAGAACAAUUCAACAAAAUUACUGGAGUUCUUAUCGAAAUUGGAUGUAGAGUAAAAAAGUUCCAACAUCAAUACACAGUCACAUCCCACCAAACACACGUUUACAGAAAGUUUGCUGAAUUCUUUUUCUUCUGUCCGUUUUCAUGUAUAGUAAACUGGACAUUUUUUAAAUCGUGCAUUUAACGUCAGGGUUUGGA